CUGCCACCACUUAGAAGCAGGAGGGAAGAGAGACAAGCUAGGGCGAGAGAUGGGAAGCUAAGAGUCACCCCGCGUGUAAAGUCGGCCGUCGAUCCAACUUUUGUGUCGUCAGCAGGUCAGUGGAGAAUAUGUCCAAACCGUCGUCCAACGUUAAGGCCCUGCAGGCUAAUCUGAACAUCCCGAUGGGAGCUCUGCGUCCGGGGGCGGGACAUCCUGUGAGGAGGAGAGAAGAGACGGGAGACACGCAUGAGGCCCCCUCGCCGACGGAACAACUGAGCGACACCGCGCAAUCGCCGCAAGAGGAGAAAAAGCCAUUGCCGGGCGCUGUCAAGCUUCCGGGACCGGCCGUCGACCUCUCAGAGCUUCAGAACGUCAAGAGCGAGCUAAGAUGGGUCACCAAAGAGUAACGCCAGGUAACAAGGAAGGACAAGUCACUUGCUGGUUACCAUGACAAAAAGAAAACUCUGCUUUUGUAGUUUUUUUUUUGCUCCUAAAAAUCAAACAUAAAUCAAACAAGGAGAAACAACGAAGACGUGAUGAAACUGGUGGUUGAGCCUGACCGUAUUUUUUUGGGUGAUGAGACGUCAAGGAAGAUGAACCAAAAAGACACUUUAUUCUUUUUUUUUUUUUUUUUUUUUUAAACAACUAAUCAGCUGUUGUCAACAUUUUUAGCUCAAACUGUGUUAGGUUUUAUUGUGUGUGUGUUUUUUUUGCCUUCUGCUGGGACAAUAAAUCACAUUGAUUCAAUGGCAAUCAAGUCGAGUUUAUUUAUUUAGCCCUAAUUCAUCAAAAUACUUUGACAUCAAGAUAUUAAUUUAAAUGAAUGUUAAUAAAUCCAACAAAUAAUUAACACUAAAUGAGUAAAAUAUAGCUUGUAUGAGCCAUAGUUAUAAAUGUGAAAAUUUAAAAAAGUUCGGGUGCAUAUUUAGUUGAAAAAACACUUGGUAAUUUUUCAGUUUGGUCGAUUUUAGCAGCACCGGUGGACAAAAGCGGUAGUGUUUUGCCUUGAGGACCCGCGCAGCGUUUCCCAUGAGGACCAGCCACAUCCCAGCCACAAAGUGUCUCGGUCGCCUGCAGAUGUAAUAAGCUGCAUUUUCUGUUUCCAGCGGCUGUGUGAAGGACCAAUAGUAAUAAGGUAAUGAAUCCAGUUGUGUCUAAACAAUAGCACAUUACGGUUAGCAACCGUGUGGCUACCGUCAGCGCUAGAGGAGUUCCAGAAAAUCAAUUAUUACAUGCAUCGCGAUUCGACACGUGACGAUUUGAUUACGAUUCAUAAAGGUUCAAAAACGCUGAUUUUUCCUCAUAACUUUAUGGUAGCCGCUCGUAGCAGAACUAAAUUCAAGACAUGUCUGCCGCCCGGGCACCGUUAACGGGCACACGCACGUUAUGAUGGAUGCUGUUACUGAGAGAGCGAUUUACUCCUUUUUAAAAGACUGGAAAAUAAAUUUGUGCAUGAGACAGGCAGGAACAGAAGCGACCCGGCGGUCGCGCUUUUGUUCAUAAGUUAUUUUUUAGAGCAUGAGGGUAAGAGAGAUAGUUCGUUGCUCCUUGUCUUGUAGAUGUCCAGCAGUAGUUUUAAGGCAUUUAAAUUGAAAAAUGUCCUGAGUGUGUUGCUAAGACCCGUGUGCAUCUAUAACAGGUGAGUACACGAACCCUCUUGUGCUGUUUAGCCUUUAUUGUUGUUGUUUUUGAGAUGUUGAUGGUUAGCGCCGAGCGCUAAGCUAAUUAGCUAAUUUGCUAACGUGUAUUUCACAUACAGAACGUGUAAAACCAUGAUUAAGUACAGCGGCAACACUAAAAACAUGCAAAAUAGUACAGAAAUCUGUGACAACAAAGUAUAUUGGUUAAAAGAAGUCUUAUUUCUACAGACACUUUCUUUCCAGAAAAUGUGGAAUUCAUUCCAACUGUGUAAAUUUUAUUGUUUUGUUGAGAGAAAUAAGUACUCCCUUUAAAAUGGUUAAUGUUUUUGCACUUUCUUGAAAAAAAUAAAUAAAAAAGCAGGUUAAGGGCAGCUUUUUGUUGUAUUGGCAUGUUUCCAUCGUUCCUGUUGAAUCAUUAGGAUAUUUUAGAUAAGUAAUGGACAUAAAUCUGUUUGGCUACUGUAUUAACUAGUAAUGUACGAUGCAUCGAUAAUCGCGAUAAUCGCGACAACCGCGAUCGUGGUCAAUUUCGUGAUCAUCGUUCAAUAAUCGAAUCGAAGCACCCUGAAUCGGAAUCGAGUAAAAGCCGGACCAAUGUAUAGUCAGUAUAUCCUGGUUGCCUCCCUAUUUUUUCCCUCCUCAGACAAAACUAUUUGUCUCUUUUGUUGCUCUGCCAUCUUUGCAGAAUUUGCGCCAAAGCGUUCGCAUCGACUUCUGUCUUUAUAAUGAAUAUGGAAAGGGGGAAGUGACAUUUGCCGUAAAGCAGUCAGCACAUUUGUAGUUUUUUCCCUCAAAGUUAAUUAGUGCUGGUGAAAGCGAUACAGAGCCCCUCAAGAUAUAAAAGAGGUGUCAUUCAACGAGUUGUCAGUCCAAAUAUCACAAAUUUUAUGAAAAUACUUUAUCAAGGUUGGAAAGCUACCUACUGUGGCUAUAAGCUAUACAACCUUUAAUUACGACGCUUAAAAAACGCAUGUCUUAAUUUAUUAAAUAUCAUUAAAACAGUUACAAUAGUCAGCUAGUUCCAGUUACAAAGUCAUUGAUCUGUUUCCGAAAUUUGUCCUUUGCAGGAUUAUGCUAACGUUAAUUUGCAUUGAACAUUUAAUUCCAAUACAGUUAAACCACAAAUAAUUCUUAACAAAUAAUGCAUAAAGUCAAAUAUAUUCAAAACAAUACGUAGCCGUUAAAAACAGAGCGGUUAUUUGUUAAUUUUUGCUAAUGUUACACAUAAGUACACAAAAGUUA